AUGCCGCUGAUACCAGAGACAUUAGUGGUUUACAUCGCGUUCCAUUUGGUGACCGAAAUCUGGGCCUUGGUGGAGUUGCCCGACCGUACCGCGAUAGCGCUGAUCAUGUGCUCGCUGGAGUUCGUUUUCAUGUUCACGAUGUUUCUGCUGUUCAUUCUGAUCCGGUUCAACAAUCAUCUGAAACCGUUGAUCGACAACAUGAGGCGAGAGAUGGAAGAGGAGAAGAUCUUUAAGAAUAACACCGAGAAACAUCUGUAUCUGCGAUACAACGCAAUUUCAUACAAUUUCGGCAAAUACUCGUUGAUGUUGCAAUGCGGCCUUGUUUCCCUGAUCUUCUUUCGGCCGCUGAUCCACUUGCUCGGCCGUUCUUUUGCAGAACACGGCAACGGGACGGUUCCUUACGAAAUGCCUUACAUAAAUCACAUGUUUUUCGAUUACGAGUACGACGCUGGAGUCUACGUUCUGCUGUACCUCUGGGAAACUCCUACCUUGUACAUGCCGUUGGUGCACAUAGCGGAAGUCAGUUUGAUAGUUACAUUGAGCCUACACCUAUGCGGGAAAUUCUCGAUUUUGUCUUACCGCAUACGAACCGUGCCAGCCAAACCGGCCGAUCGUUUUCAAGAGAACAUCAAGAGCCUGGUGCAACAACAUUUGAAGCUGACGAUGUUGACGAAAAAUUUAAAUCAAUGUUUUUACUUGAUACUCUUAGUGGAAUACCUGAGCUGCACUUUAAGAAUGGGCCUUUGCAUGUACAUUGUCUUAAUUAAUCUUCGAACCGAUUCAGUGGCAGCUAUUAAUUUCACUAUGUACGCCGUGAAUCUGGCUGCUUUGUUGUAUCUAUAUUCGUACGUUGGCGAACAAUUUGUUUACGAGUCAGAGGAUCUGGCCGCUGCACUCUACGAUACCGAAUGGCCGGAAGUAAUGAACAAAGACAGAAGAACUUUACUGACGUGUCUGAGCGGCGAAUCGCUGGAAAUAAAAGACAGCCUAGUAUUCAGUAAAUGGGCGUUCUCGCUGGCCGGCCUGUGGCCGCUAAAACGCGUCCCCGCGUAUUUUGCCUUGGCGGUGGUGUACCUGUCCGUGCAGAUCGUGUUAUGUGUGUGGGACGCGGUCUACAUUGUCGGCAACUUACCGGUGCUGGUCGUGAACAUGCUGGAAUGGACGCUGUUCUUGACGAUGACGGUGUCGAUGGUUCUCGUCUUUUUCAACAAGAAUCUAAAGCUGUUGGUCGACGGGAUCAAGGAGGAGAUCAGCGACCGGAAGUUCUGCCGAAACGUAGACGAAAGGAGGCUCUAUCACAGAUACUACAACAUUUAUCAUAAAUUCUGCAAAUACGGGGUGCUUUCACAGUUAGUGGUCGCUGCUCUGGUAUUCUUCCUCCCGCUGAUGGAGUUGCUCGGCCACGUUCUCUCAGGAAGCAACUCGACGCAUCCUUACAAGCUAGCCGUUUCGGCUCAUAUUCUAUUAGACUAUCAGUACAACACCGGACUCUACUGCCUGUUGUACCUGUACCAGUUUCCACUUCUAUACGUGAUAGUGUUCCAUAUAGCCGAAGUCAGUAUCAUUAUCACGAUGACAUUACAUCUCUGCGGCAAGCUCUCGAUGCUGAGCUACCGAAUACGUAACAUACCCACGAAACCGUCGGACCUUUUCCAAAAGAACAUGAAGGGAAUAGUGAAGCAACAUUUGGGAUUGAUAAAGUUAUCGCAAAUUUUGAACGACUCUUUCUAUUUGCUCCUCUUGGUAGACUACAUGGGCUGUACCUUCAGACUGAGCCUUUCCAUGUAUGUUGCUUUAACCACACUCCCGACAGAUCCGAUGGCUGUUGCUGCUUUUUGUAUGUAUGCAGCGGACAUGAUAAACUUCCUAUUUUUGUACUCGUACGUCGGCGAGCAACUGGUUUUCGAGUACCUGCCGCCGUUGAUCAGCGAAAUGAAGCGGGACAUAGAGGGCAACAAGCUUUUCAAGAACAACGACGAGAAGCGGUUGUAUCUGAGAUACAACGCCAUUUCUUACAAUUUCGGCAAAUACUACUUGACACUGCAAACGCUUAUUGUUCUACUGAUGUUCUUUCGUCCGCUGGUACACGUCCUGACGCAUCUUCGAGGACACGACAACAUGACGCAGCCCUAUCGUUCGCCCCUUGUAAAUUACUUGUUCUUCGACUACACGCACAACGCCGGAUAUUACUUCCUGAUGUUUCUGUGGGAAUCUCCUGCCAUGUACGUGUCGAUACUGCACAUGGCGGGUGUCAGUUUCAUAGUUUCGUUGAGUCUACACCUCUGCGGGAAAUACUCGAUUCUAUCUUACCGCAUACGAAACGUACCAACGAAACCGCCGCAUCAUUUCCAAGUGAAUAUUAAGAAGGUCGUCGAGCAACAUUUAAAGUUGACAGAGUUAACGAGAAAUUUAAAUGACGGCUUGCACCUGAUGCUUCUGGUGGAAUAUCUGAGUUGCACCUCUAGAAUGGGCCUUUCCAUGUACGUUGUCUUAAUUACGUUUGGAUACGAUUUGGCGGCCACUAUCAACUUCAUUAUGUACGGUAUGAGUGUGUCAGGCUUGUGGUAUUUGUAUUCGUACGUCGGCGAACAACUUGUUUUCGAGGUUGGUAUUCGAUGUAAAUGAGAAUUAAGAUUCUAACGUUACUCACUGCUCAGCCUGUACCUAUGUUUGGUGUGCAUCAAUGGGAGGGACGGUAGAAUAAAAAUUGAUAACCAUCGCACGCUCGUUCCCAUUCAGCUGGAACAACAAAAAUCCCAUUAAUCGAACAGUAACCCAUAUUUCCUUGAACGAUAUGCGACAACAACGAGAUAAAUGAAUAAUAUUUAGUCGCAGGAUUUGGGCGAUGCGAUGUAUGAUAUCGAUUGGCCAGAAAUGACAAACAACGACAGGAAAACAUUAUUGAUGUGUCUAAUAAAUGGACAACAAAGGCAAUUCCUGACGGCCGGAAAAUUCUACAAAUUCUCAUUGUUCGGAUUUACUGACAUGAUGAAAUUUUCAUUGGCGUGUAUAUCUAUGCUGCAAGCAACAAUGGAAUGAAUCUGUCCAGAAGACAUGAGACAAUUGCGUCCAAAUAUUGUUUUCAGCCCUUUGUAAUAUAUAAACAUAAUAACCG